GUUGCGUUACAGAUUUGACUAAUCAUUUCCCCACGAAGUCAUUCUCCUUCCUCCUCCAAAGUCAGCACGACGAUCGCGUCUCGGUCUUCCUAGAUAUAAGACCCGCGAAAAUCAAUAAAAGGUUUGAUCGUCGUGCAAGUAAUUUCUAAGAAGUCAAUGGGGUCUUCUUCUGAGGCAUGGAUGAGAGAUUACAAUGAGGCUUUAAAACUCUCUGAGGAUAUUAAUGGGAUGAUGUCUGAAAGGAAUGCGUCUGGUUUAACUGGACCUGAUGCUCAACGUCGUGCUUCAGCUAUACGGAGAAAGAUCACCAUUUUGGGGACUCGAUUAGACAGUCUUCAAUCCCUUCUCGUAAAAGUCCCUGGGAAGCAACAUGUGUCAGAGAAAGAGAUGAAUCGUCGCAAGGAUAUGGUUGGGAAUUUGAAGUCAAAGGUAAAUCAGGUGGCGUCUGCUUUGAACAUGUCAAACUUUGCAAAUAGAGACAGCUUGCUUGGGUCAGAUACAAAGCCUGAUGAUGCAAUGAACAGAGUCUCUGGCAUGGAUAACCAAGGCAUUGUUGGAUUUCAACGACAAGUUAUGAGAGAACAAGACGAAGGGCUGGAGAAGUUGGAGGAAACUGUCAUGAGUACCAAACAUAUUGCGCUCGCUAUUAACGAGGAGCUCACUCUGCAGACCAGACUUAUCGAUGAUUUAGACUACCAAGUUGAUGUUACCGACUCCCGCUUACGGCGUGUGCAGAAGAGCCUUGCAAUGAUGAACCAGAGUAUGAAAGGAGGUUGCUCAUGCAUGUCCAUGCUCUUGUCAGUGCUUGGAAUCGUUGGUCUUGCUCUUGUCAUUUGGCUUCUGGUUAAGUACCUGUAAUGCCACCAAUAUGAUGAAUCAAAAUUGUCUUGUGUGCUUUGGUUUUUCAUUCCUUCUUUUGAUGCUUCUUCCUCUGGGGGGAGACAAGAUGAAUAUGGCUGCGUGCAAGAACCAUCAAAAAAGUAUAUAAUCUGUAUUGCUUUCAUAUGUUCACGAAAUGUAAUCAAAGUUGUGUGUUUGUGUAUAUGACUCCCACUUUGUUCACUAAAUGUCUGUAUAACAAGCUCUUUGUUCUUGUGUGGAUUAUACUUUGUUCUUUUCUUUGCACAAGAUAUGUAUAAAGAGAAAGAAUGACACUAUAUUACUAUAACAUGAAGCAAUUCUGUGGUUUGCGAGAGUGUCUUCUCGCCUUUAAUAUACAAUUUACCAUUUCUUUGAUGACAAGAAAAGAGUAACUAUGGGACUGGUGAAGGUGACGGUGUUGUGGCUCGAAGGAGCUGUUGCAGAAACCGAGCUGCUAGACGUUGCCCUACACCUCCUGCA